AUGGUAUACAGUUACCGACAUGGCUUCUCAGGUUUUUCAGCCAAGCUUACCAAGUCCCAAGCCAAGAAAAUAGCAAAUUUACCUGAAGUUGUUCAUGUCAUACCGGAUAGUUUCUACAAGAUGAAAACAACUCGGACUUGGGACUACUUAGGACUUUCUGCCUCCAGUCCAAAGAAUCUUCUAAAUGAAACUAAUAUGGGUGAACAGAUUAUCAUCGGCAUUAUUGACACAGGUAUGACUAGUCUUCUUCUUAGAUUCUCUUUGAUUUUUAUUGCAGGAGUAUGGCCAGAAUCUGAAGUAUUUAACGACGAUGGGAUUGGAUCGGUGCCGAGCCACUGGAAAGGAGGCUGUCAAUCAGGAGAGAUGUUCAACUCCUCCCACUGCAAUAAAAAGCUCAUAGGAGCUAAGUAUUUCAUCAAUGGCUUCCUCGAGGAGAACAAAAGCUUCAACUCUAAAGAAUCACUUGAUUUCAUUUCCCCUAGAGACCUCAAUGGUCAUGGCACGCAUGUCGCCACCAUCGCGGCAGGUUCUUACGUGCAGGACAUUAGCUACAAGGGCCUAGCUGGAGGGGUUGUGAGAGGUGGGGCACCACGUGCUCGUAUAGCAAUGUACAAGGGUUGUUGGUAUCUGGAUGAUUUAGACAUAACAACUUGUUCAUCUGCUGACAUUUUGAAAGCUAUGGACGAGGCAAUUCAUGACGGUGUUGAUGUUUUGUCACUCUCUCUUGGCUCUGUGGUUCCUCUGCAUGGAGAAACUGAUAUCCGCGAUGGGAUAUCCACAGGAGCCUUCCAUGCCGUCUUAAAGGGUAUCACGGUUGUUUGUGCAGGUGGUAACUCUGGCCCCGAGGCUCAAACAGUGACAAACACGGCGCCUUGGAUUGUCACUGUGUCUGCAACUACUCUAGACCGGUCCUUUCCCACUCCUAUCACACUUGGGAACAAUAAAGUGAUACUGGUAACUAUAUUGCAGGGUCAAAUUGUAUGUCUACUAAGAAAAUAUUCUGAUGAUAUGUGUCUUAUUUUGAGUUUGGUCAUUAUUUUACAGGGUCAAGCAAUGUACACAGGUCCAGAACUUGGCUUCACUAGCUUGGUUUACCCAGAGGAUCCAGGGAACAGCAACGAAACCUUUAGUGGGUAAUUUUCAAAUCUCUAGUU